GCGGUGCCGUGGCGGCGAGCGGCGCCGGCCAUGGCGUCCAUCCUGGACGAGUACGAGGACUCCCUGUACCGCGCCGCCUCCGUGCAGCCGAGCCGCGCCGCCCUGGGCAUCCCGCACUCCGGGUAUGUGAAUGCACGACUGGAAAAGGAAACACCAAUAUUUAAUAAGCAAAGGAUAGAUUUUGCUCCUCCAGAAAAAAUCAACAGCCUCGUGGUCUCCUCUAACCAGCUCUGUAUGAGCCUUGGCAAAGACACUCUUCUCAGGAUUGAUCUUGGGAAACCAGAUGAACCUAAUCAGGUAGAGUUGGGACGCAAAGAUGAAGCCAAAGUCCACAAGAUGUUUUUGGACCACACAGGCUCUCAUCUCCUGAUUGCUCUGAACACCAGUGAAUGCCUCUACCUGAACAGAAGUGUUCAGAAAGUGCGAGCACUCUCUCGCUGGAAAGGCCACUUGAUUGAAAGCGUGGGCUGGAACAAAUUUCUUGGUUCAGAAACCAACACUGGGCCAAUUCUGGUGGGGACAGCCCAGGGGCAAAUCUAUGAGGCUGAGAUCUCUGUCAGCGAGGGGAGCCUCUUCAGCACUAACCCUGACCAGUACUUCCGACAGGUUUACACUCUUGAGGAGGAAUCGGGACCUGCCCCUGUCUGCUGCUUGGAGAUUGAACGUGGGAUAGAAGGAAAAUUUUUUAUUAUAGCCACCACUCGAAAGAGACUCUUCCAGUUUGUUGGCAAGGUACCAGAAGGGACGGAGCAGCAAGGCUUCGGCUCCAUAUUUGCUAUGCAUGCUGACCAUUUGCCCAGCUUCCGGGAGUUUCCAGCCAGCUUUGGCUUCAGUGAAAUAGCCUUCUACACCCCGAAGCUGCGCUCCAACCCACGUUCCUUUGCCUGGAUGAUGGGAAAUGGUGUCUUGUAUGGCACGUUGGACUAUAGCCGGCCUGAUUCAAUUCUGAGUGAUGAACAGGUCUGGGUUUAUCCUUCUGAUAUAGACAUAACUGUGAACAAGCCAAUCUCCAUUGUACUUACCCAGUUCCACUUUCUGUUGCUGCUGCCUGAUGGGGUGAAGGCUGUAUGCACUCUGAAUGGGCAAAUCGUUUUUCAAGAUCUGUUCCUGGAGAAGUUUGGUGUAUUAACACGCAUGAUCAAAGAUCCCACUGUUCAGCAGAUAUGGAUCCACACUGAGAAAGUAGUGUUCCGUUACCAUGUCCAGCGGGAAUCUAGAGAUGUGUGGAAGAUGUACAUGAACAUGAACAAAUUUGAUUUAGCCAAAGAGUAUUGUAAAGACCGUCCAGAGUGCCUAGAUAUUGUACUGGCAAAAGAGGCAGAGCACUGCUUCCAAAACAAGAGGUACCUGGACAGUGCUAAGUGUUAUGCACUGACACAGAACUACUUUGAGGAAAUUGCCCUUAAGUUCAUUGAAGCCAAGCAAGAAGAGGCUUUGAUGGAGUUUCUAAUUAAGAAGCUAAGCAACCUAAAGCCUUCUGAGAAGACACAGACCACUCUGCUGACUACAUGGUUAACAGAGUUGUACCUGAACUGGCUAGGUAUAUUGGAAGGAGAUCCUUCAAAGCGGAAUCUCUACUUGGAUACACGGGAGAAGUUUCGCAUCUUUCUGGGCAGCCCCAAAAACAAAGACUGUUUGUUUAAUAACCGUGCAUCUAUUUAUGAGCUGCUAGCAAGCCAUGGGGACACAGAACACAUGGUAUACUUUGCAGUCAUCAUGCAGGACUAUGAGCGAGUAGUAGCUCACCACUGCCAGCAUGAUGAGUAUGAUGAAGCCCUAAGUGUGCUGUCCAGGCAUAGAGAUGAGAAGCUGUUCUACAAGUUCUCUCCAGUCCUCAUACAACAUAUUCCCAAGAAGGUAGUUGAUGCUUGGAUUUCUAUGGGCUCAAGACUGGAUGCCAGGAACCUUAUCCCAGCCCUUGUAAACUACAGCCAAAGUGCCAGCACCCAGCAGAUCAAUGAAGCCAUUAGAUAUAUGGAAUUCUGUGUCUAUCAGUUGGAGGAAACUCAACAAGCCAUUCACAACUAUCUGUUGUCUCUGUAUGCUUUGUGUCGGCCAGACUCACUUCUGUCAUAUCUGGAGCAAGCAGGAACCAACCCAAACAGGAUCCACUAUGACCUGAAGUACGCCCUGCGCUUGUGUGCGGAACAUGGGCACCACCGUGCGUGUGUCCAUAUUUACAAAGUGAUGGAAUUAUAUGAGGAGGCUGUGGAUCUCGCCUUGCAGGUGGAUGUCGAUCUUGCCAAGUCCUGUGCAGAUCUCCCUGAAGAUGAUGAGGAGCUGCGGAAGAAGCUCUGGUUGAAGAUUGCUCGCCAUGUUGUUCAGGAAGAGAAGGAUGUCAAGAAGGCAAUGGCCUGCCUCUCCAGCUGUGCCUUGCUGAAGAUUGAAGAUGUUCUGCCCUUCUUUCCAGACUUUGUCACUAUUGACCAUUUCAAGGAGGCAAUCUGUAACUCUCUGGAGGAUUACAACAAGCACAUUGAGGAGCUGAAAAGGGAGAUGGAGGAAGCCACACAAAGUGCCAAGAGAAUCCGAGAGGACAUUCAGGAAAUGAGAAACAAGUAUGGCUCUGUGGAGCCUCAGGAAAAAUGUGCUGCCUGUGACUUUCCACUUCUAAACCGCCCUUUUUACCUUUUCCUUUGUGGUCACAUGUUUCACUAUGACUGCCUCCUCCAAGCAGUUUUUCCAAACCUUCCUGCCUAUAAGCAGGCAAAACUCGAAGAUCUUCAGAAGAAGCUGGCAGCCAUCAGCCAGCCCUUCAAGGGCCACCAUCGUCCUAAAGAUGCAGAUACUGCGAGCUUGGGGAAAGGACAACAGAGCCGGGAACAGAUCAAAGCUGACGUUGAUGAUAUUGUGGCAGCCGAAUGUGUGUACUGUGGUGAGCUAAUGAUCCGGUCCAUUGACAAACCUUUUAUUGAUCCCCCAAAGUAUGAAGAAGAAAUGCAAAGCUGGCUGUAGUUUUCCAAAUCCGCGAUUGCUGCUACACCAGAGCAGUUUUGUUCACUGCCUGUGAAACUUCUGUAAUGGGGAUGUAACCUCCAGAAGUGUGAACAGAAAUGGCUUCUGAGGAGUUAAGGAAAGAGUAUUAUGGUCUUGCUACCAGAAUCACACCGAAUUAGGCCUGAAAAUGGAGAGCAAUAGAUACAGCUGCUUAAGAACUUGAAAAUUAGUUACUGGAAUCUUCCCCCACUCCCCACCCCCAGCUGAUGUUUGCUAUUUGUUGUUCUUCUGAGGCUCUCAGUAUGAAGUUAAUGGAGUGCCUUGUUGCGCAGAAGAAACUGGGAACAGCUUAUAGUUUCUAUUUAUUUUCACCUGGAAUGCUUCCCUGUUGUGUGGUAUUUCUUUUGAUGAAGAUGACCUUAAAGGGAAGGGAGCAAAGAAUAUUUAGUAGGGUAGACUUUAUUCAUCACUUUCAAAGCUAGACUUUGGUGUCUUUUUUUGCUGAGAGUAUAUAACUACGUACACUGAGAGAACAUGAAAGGAGAAAUACUCUUGCAUGUAUGUUUUGUAAACAUCAUGCUACACAAAUGCAUGUUUCUACACAAUGUAAUAUAAGAAUGUAUACAACUUUCAAGCAAGAGUGUCUCAUAAUACAGUUAAGUCAUUUGCCUGCAAUUCAAGGAGUAUAAUUUGUUUCCCACAAGCUUUAUGGACAAGCCUGUACAGUUGAAGGAGCUCUUCACUGUUUUUGGCAUACUUCCUAGCUGGUUCACACAUCCCUUCCAUUUCCCCUAUCACUGUCUUUGUAUAGUGGGUCUUGGUUUCACCUUUGUCCCAAAUUAAAAUUGAGAAACGCACUAGUAUGGCUUCAGCUGAUGUUCUGCAAGUAGGAAUGUUAGACCGACCACUUGUAUUAUUCUGCUUUGGUCCUCUUUAAGCUGCACUUGAACAUUAGAAUAGAGUAAUCUCGUCAUAUAUUCUGUCAAGUUAUAAUAGAGAAGAGCUUUGUGACUUGAUUGUUCAUGUUAAAUUUACCUUUCCAUUUGAAGCCAGUACUUUGUGACCAAGCAGCUUUUGCGUUCAUGACUGUAUUUGAUACUUUUUUUGGAUGGCUACAGGUCAGUGCUUCUAUCUGUUGCUCUGAGUUGGAAAAUUCUUCCCAGAAAGCAGUGAUCGCUUUUGUGCUGGGGGGGACAAGAAGUUUUCUCUAGCAUCUUAGCAGGAGCUCCUUGUUUUACUUCUGAGGAAACUAAAGUUUUAAUGAAGCUCUACUGUUUGAGGUUGAAUCACAGUGGUUGGAAUUAGAAGAAUGGAGUGAUCUAAAUGAGAAAGAUUCUUGUUAUUUCAACCAGCACAAAAUAUUGUCCUCUGAAAAAUGUCUUCUGUUCCUUGACAUAUCUGUUCACACUUGUCGUGAUCACCUAUCUUGGUCAACUAUUCACAUAUCCUGUUGAUAGGAUUGUAGAAGAGGGUUUUUACAUCAUUGAAAGGGAAUGUAAAUUGGUUUGCUUAAUGAACUGACCUAGGGGGUUCUGAUAACCAUGCAGAGUUCCAGAGAGUUUUCAUUAACUGAGGGCUUCAGCUUGUAAUGGAUGUGUGUGUUGUGUUUUUUUUUUUUUUUUUUUUUGUUUUUUUUGUUUUUUUUGUUUUAAGUAAAAUGACAUGUAUUAAAAUGCAGAGCUGACAGUAGGAAGAGCUGAAGUUUUGAAAUCCUCAUUUCACUGUUGGAGCCAUGGGACAGAUUUUUCUUAUUACUACCACUUGUUAGUGCUUGUUGCUGGCUUACCAGAAACCACUGAUGCAGUGGUUUCAGAAACCACAUGGUAUAGCUUUCUUUGGUUCUGGGUAGCUCUUUGCUUUGAAUAAGUUGAUGUGUCCACCAGAAGAAUUUGUGAUGAAAACUAGACAUGAUGUCUUUUGAAGUUCAGCAUUAAACUUGUUAUA